ACUAUUCUUUCUUUUUCUCUAUAUACAAAUGUCACUCGGUAUUCGUAUAUAUUCGUAUAUAUUUUUCUGUACUUCGAUAUUUACUCUCUAUACCGUUCGAAUCUCUUUCGCGUUUAUUCGAUUAAUUUUUUACGCUUUUCUUUGCUUGCACGAUAAACAAAGUCGUUUUCCUCUAACUAUCUUUCAAUUGUCGUAUCUUAUUAAUAAUCUUUUUCCCUAUUAUCUUUCGUUCGUAUCUUCGUUUUCCUUCCUUUUGGAUCGCCAAUUUUAUUAUUAUCCUUGCUAUUUUAUUAAUUAAACGUUCUUUGACUUGUUUUUAAAGCUACACCGUAAUAGUUAUAUACAUCAGCUUUCAAACUAUCGACAGAGCCUCCCUGUUAGAUGCAUCCUCCGAAAACUUCGCUCGCGCGAAAUUGCAAAAAAGCGGGGAUAUAGGUCGAAGGAUGAUGAGAAUUUAGGCAACGCUUUUGCAUCUCUCUCCUUGCCGUGAGCCAAAAUGAGAAAUUUCAUCGUUAUAAUAAACGCGUUAUCCUUAAAGCUGUGUAUAAAUCGUCGGAAAUGGAACGAUAUCUCUUAUAACUUAUCCCGAUACGUAUUUUACGAAUCGAUAAAAGAAGCAUGUCGGCAUGUCGCGGUUAUUUCGCUCAUCUAACUCUCCUUCCCUCUCCCCCUCUUCCCUCUCCCCCUCUUCCCUCUCCUCCUCCUUCGAUACCUAAUACGAAGACAUGCUUCGUUUGCAGUCCGCAACGAUCGAAGUUUCCCGUGGUACGCAGUGACAAUAAAAGACAUUCGCAUAUAUCGCCUUGGGAUCCAUUAACCGGCGGAACGCUGUGUCUGUGGAAAAAUGUAAAUCUGGGUCAACGUUAUUCCGAAUAGAAAACUGACAGAGAAAUGAAAACGUAUAUAGGUAAAAGUUAGCGCAAUAUUUUUUUAAGGCCGGCUCUCGAGUCUAGUUGUUGCUUGUAACGUAACGAAAACACGGAAACGUUGUCGCGCUAACGUAACGCACACGGCUUUCGUCUCCGUUUCCUUUUAUUUCUUUAUUUCUCUCCAUUCCAUUCUCUCUCUCUCUCUCUCUCUCUCUGUCUCUCUCUCUGUCUCUCUCUCUCUCAUGAAAACACGCAAUAUAAAUAAACUCGUUAACUCGAUAAAACUCGACGUCGUCGAAAAAAGUGUAAUGUCGUGACAUUAUCGUUAAAAAUUUUACGACUGUCUGGAAGAACUGUGUUCGAUGUAGAAACUGUUGGGCGCGUAGGUGAUGGUAACGGGGUUGAUUUAGUGAAGCUUUAUCACGCGGAUGCCGGAUGAAUCCGACGGGUGAUCCGACGUUAGAUCGAUGGCCCUCGAAGGUGAGCCAAACGGAAUGUUCGGAGGAGGGAAGGAGUGGAGAAGAGGAAUUCAUCGACGGAGGAAAUUUAGAGGAUGCGGACGAAAGGAAAUUCGUAGGAUGCAACAAGUCGGAACGUUGUUGCCGCGCGUUGUUCCUCGAGUAUAUCGCAUAUCGCGAUUUUAAUUAUAAUUGCGGACGAAUGCGCAACGGGAUCGAGGACGAUCAGCCAAAUUGGCCGCGAGCAAGUUUGUCGAGGUAAAAUAUAUAUAUAUAUAUAUAUACAUAUAUACACGUUGGAGUUUGCUGGAAGGUAAAGUGACCGUGCGGAUAAAAUUAAACGUGUCAGUAACAGCGUAAACAACUGGAUAAGGGAACGUCAGAUGCAUCUUGGAAACGGUAGAAAUCCUUACGCGAAACCAUGAAACGAGAAGGAGGGGAGGGGGGGACGCCUCGUGACAGGGAAGCCGGAAAUUACGUAAUUUCCUUAGAUUCUGCCAGCAACGUUUUACACGCUCGUCCCCCUCCUUGGAAUAUCGAAUUUCUAAUCGAAUCAAUAAUUAUUACGAGAUAUCAAAGGAAAGGAAGAAACUGGAGGAAAAAAAAAAAAAAAAAAAAGAAACGCUUCUUUUCCCCCGGCACGAUUCUCGUUGCAGAGAGGGAGAGCGUGCAACGUUUUCUCGACCGUCUCUCUCGAGAGAUCCUUUGUCCUUUGCGCGGGGGAAAGAGGAAAAGCAAAAAGAAAAGAACCGUUGGCGGUGAGAAGUGGAAUGAAACAGCGGCGAUUCAUAACAUUUUUACGUAGACGUAAAGAGAGAAAGAGAGAGAGAGAAAGAGAGAGAGAGAGAGAGGGGAGGAGAUUCUUUUUUCGAAAGAGAAAACAUUCCGUUUCCCCGCAAUUCUGGUUUUUUAAUUACUUCUAGAAACUGAAGAGUUAAACUUUUAUUCCGCGCGAUAAUAAUCGGAAUAAAAUAAAAAUCUAGCUCGACAGUGAAAAAGAUACGACAGAGGAGGAAAAGAGGAGAAAAGAAAAGGAAGGAAGGAAGGAAGGAAGAAAGGAAAAAGACGAGACGUUGUAUCGCGUUGGCAUGUGCGUAUGGAUUCUCGGUGUUCCUCGGAUGCCCGCCAGACUUUGGUUCCAAGAGAUGCUGCUGGAAUCACAUCCCGGGACUGGCGAAGUGCAAAUCCAUGUGGAGAGGAAGGAUCGGCGUGCAAGAAAGGAGGGAACGAAAACAACGCAACAUGGGAUGUUGGGCAUGGAUGAAAGAGGGAAAAGCAAGGCGAAAUGACCGAUUCGAGGGAGCAAACAGAGCAGAAGGGGGGGAGGGGCGAGGUGGGCAGCGAGGAAAGAGAAAGAGAGAGCAGGGAGCGAGAGAGAGAGAGAGAGAGAGAGAGAGAGAGAGAGAGGCGUAGCAAGGCGAGCCGGCGAUCGUAGUGGGAUCGACAAAGCUACCUGGAUCCACGACGGCCACUUUCGACGGCAGUAACCACGAAGACGCCAUGACGACACAAUCACCCACAUCGUCCACGACUCGGCUCUCAUCUAUCGGUCUAGUCGCGGCUAUUUACCUUCUUCUGGCGACACAGAUAUGCAGCGCGGCUUAUUACGGCAAGCUUAUCGGCAAGCUGUCGGAACUUCAUCACGGAGUGAGCGGUGAAGUUUACGCGGUGGACGGGCGAACUCUGUUCAUCAAGGACUUCACGUACGACGGCGAGGCACCAACCGCCUACUUUUACGUCGGUACCUCCAAGAGCCCCAAUGGGAAUGGAAUCAGACUUCGGGACGAGAGCGGAUCAUCGGACACGUUGAAGCGGUAUCGAAGGAAGGACAUCACGCUCACGUUGCCAGACGGGAAGACGAUGGCCAACAUCAAGUGGUUCGCCGUUUGGUGCGACGAAUUCUCCGUGAACUUCGGGGACGUGAGAAUACCAAGGGGAUUCGACUAUCCGAAGCCGCAAAAACUGGCCGCCCUGAACGGAGUGCACGGGGUCAGCUCCGAACCGAUCGUGGUCGUUGACGCCCAAACCCUGUUGAUACCCAGUUUCAGCUACGACGGUGAGGCGCCUGAUGCGAAAUUUUGGGUGGGGGCUGGACCAACGCCAUCACCGCAAGGUAUCCGCGUGCCCGACGAGAAUGGAAAGGAGCAACCGCUCCGCCGAUACGAUCGCAAAGCCAUAGUGCUCACGCUGCCCGGGGACGUAACGAUCCACCAGAUCGGCCACUUCGGCGUCUGGUGCGAGGCGUUCGCCGUCGACUUCGGCCACGUGCAAAUUCCACAGGGUCUUAACGUGCCACCGUCCCUCAAGAUGCUCGGGGUUUCGCCGCAGUCGAAACUGAAUUGCGAAGUUCUGGAGGACAGGCUGGCUUUCGAGGUGCGAUGGGCCGUGGCCGGAGACAGCAUAGUCGCCCAACUCGUUGGAAAACUUGACGACGGACAGUACAUGGCGUUCGGAUUAUCCGCGGAUCCAGAAAGAAGCUUGAUGGUCGGCGGGGACGCGGUGGUGGCCUGGGUCGACAAGCAAACCCUUCAAGGUUACGCCGUCGAUUACUUCUUGGACGCGAAAUCCCAAUGUUCCGGAGGACGUGGCAGCUGCCCCGACACUCGCAUACAGGAGAACACGAAUUCCAUCCGAUUGUUGAACGCGGCGCUGGUCGACGGAUACAGCAUCGUCACGUAUCAGAGGCCAUUGAAGACGAACGACGAGCUGGACCAUCAAAUCCUGACGAACCGAUCGCAGCCGAUCAUCUGGGCCGUCGGUCCGUUGAACGAGAGGCAAGAGGUCAGCUUUCACUCCGAUUACCUGAAAACGGACCGCUUCAUAGAUUUCGGUAGGCCAUCGAUUUGGAAUUGUCCCGUCCCGGACCACCAACCAUCCCAGAUAUUCACAGACCACAACGGCGACAAGCCCGAUCAGCAGCAACUGGUCGCUACUACGAGACGACCGCAUCGAGCCCCUGCGACACCUGCACCCGCCCCUAGGACCGGUGCAUGGGAAAUCCCACCUAUUCAAUGUAACGAGCCGGAAGACGGAGUGUUGUACGCCCAAAUGGGGCCCACUGGUGGAAAACACGGAUACCCAGCCAUCACCGGUCACGUUGGUUGGGGUAUCUCGUGGUACAUAAACGGCCUAUUGAUUCCGGAGAUCAACGUGGUUCGUGGAAAGAAGUACAGAUUCGUGGUGGAAGGUGGAGAAAAUCCUGAAACCCCGGCCCGUUACCAUCCCUUCUACAUUACCGACGAUCCUGUCGGUGGUUACCAACACAAAACACCCGAGGAGAAAGAGAAAGUGAAAAUAUUCGCGGGCGUGAAACGUCAACGCGGGGUGGUUCGACCAACGGGUGUCGGCCGCCUAUGCAACUGGCUGCCCGAUCAGAAUCAACCUCUGGCCGACGAUUUCACGUCGUUCGGCGCUUACCAACGUACCCUCACUCUGGAAUGCGACCACGGCGAGCCAGGUAUCGUGGAAUGGAUCCCGGACGAGGACACGCCCGACACCGUGUACUAUCAGUGUUUCACGCAUCGUUAUCUGGGCUGGAAGAUAAAUGUUCACGACAGCUGCGACGUUGAACCAGCCGGGAACGAGAAUCACGAGGUUUACGUCGAUCCGAAGAGGGAAGAGGGGAGGGAGGAUCUCGUGAUCAGCCCCAGCAUCCGCGAGGCAAGCAAGGUAACGCCAACGGCGGAGUUCCUUCAGCAGCAUCCUCCUCCUCAUCAUCACCAUCAUCAUCAUCCCCUUGGUGAACACGGGCUUCGUUACUCUUAUCAUCAAGCGACUAACCUUGACAAGCUAAGCACACCAUACACGCAGUUACUAACGACCGCUAACAACAACAACAACAACAACAACAAUUACCUGCGCUUGAAAUCAUCACCGUCGCCGUACGAGGAGCCGUCACUCGUCUCGAAAGCUUCGUACAGCGCGCCAGGCCUGGCCGCGUCAAUGCCCAAUCGUCACGAGGUACGCGUGAAGGAGCCCCAUCGUCACGCGCACCUCGACCAAGAUCUCGUCCAGCCGUAUUAUUACAAUCACCAUCAUCAUCAUCAUUAUAAUCAUCAUUAUCAUCAUCAACUACAACAACAACAACAACAACAACAACAUCAACUCGCACCGAUCUAUCGCGAACAAUCGAUGGGAGCCACGAGGCUGACACCCUCCUAUACACCUGGCCGACAUCAAAUCAUGGAGAUCCAACCAGAGCUCCUUCGACAAUCCUCUAACCAGCAAUUGUCUAACCUCGUUGCAGAUAAUCCACGACCACUGAGCCACGGGACGAAAUACGUAUAUCCGGUUACCUCCAGCCCACAGAUCCCGUAUUCGAGGCCGGUGCCUCACCAUUACGCCACCAAUUAUCAUCAUCUUUAUCACCCACCCCCCCUCCCCCGUGAUCAUUAUCAAUACAACAACCAACCGGACCAGAGGAAUCAACUGAUGCUCGUCAAGAGACCGGUGUUGACACGUCGACCGAUGUUGCAGACCGCCCAUACGAUGCCCCAGCCCACCCUCGCCCUACCGCCAAGAUCGAUCUUCAUGGAACGUAAGAAGACCGUGUACAGACCCCCCUCCCCGUCCUCCUCCACUUACACGGGAAGGAGAACGGCGGAGCGACCCCCGCCGGGUAACCAGGAUAACCUGCAGAUCGCGAAGCUGAAGAAAAUCGAGCGGGCCAAGCUCGAAACUAAAACGUCGAGCUUCGACGCCCCCGACAUUUUCGUCACUCCUAUAAAACCUGCGAGAAACACGGGAUUCGAUCCAGAUUCUAUAGUGAUCGAGAGCGGGUUUAAACCUAUCAUCAGAAACGUUGAGAGCGUGGCUCAAAGGAGAAGUUCCGAGAAAUUGGAGCAAAAAGAAGAAGAGGAGGAGGACAAGGAAGAAGAAGAAGAAGAAGAUGUUCGAGAAACUUCGAAUCAUAAACCGGUCGACAACUUCGAGCCGGUCUUCAUACCUUCCCCGCCCGUUCCCACAGUGGCUACAGUGGUCAAGAAAUCGAGGAAAAAGUCCGCCAAUGGUAAACCACGUCCAACGGAAACGGAUGACAUGGAAACUGCCGCCGACAGGAUGAACGUCCAUUACUUGCCACCGAUUUCCAAUCCCUUUUCCAACAACGAUCCGCCACCCUCUCCCUUUCCCUCGCCUCCCUCCUCCGGCGUGUUGAUAACCUUCGAUGGAAAAAUGUUGAAGGAUUCCAGCCUGGUCAGAUCCAUUUCUGGCGUCGAGGAACAGUCCAAGGGCAAGCUGUCCUCGGACGUUCUCAGCAGAACGCCACAAUUCGGAAGGUUUAAAGGGGAGCUACCACCUCCUAUUCCGGGCGAGGUACGAUCGUUCGACGAUCAUUCUCAGCUCGAUAAGCGUCGCCUGUCGUCGCCGUCGUCGUCGGAUCUCUCGAUGCCACGAACGACGAAGAACACUAGAUUGACACUGGUCGAAAGAUCGAAGAGAUCUCCGCACGAAGGACACGUACACGUUAAGGAUUUUAUACGAACGAAUUCGAGCUCUGAAACAAAUCACCACCAACAUGGUAAAAAUUCGAUAUCAAUGCCCCCCGUCAACACCGGUCAAACGAUCGUAUUUAACUUGUUGUAUCUAGUUUUGGCCAUAAUCGUUUAUCACGUCAUUUGAUAAAGUUGUUUUCUCGAACACGCAAACAUUAUAUCCGAUAUUGUUUGAUUGGGAAUAGUAUAAAUGCUAAGUUGGACUUGUAAACUACCUGGUAUGAUUAGUUGACUGAAUCAUGGUUAACGUGUCACCGUUUACCGCAUUCUUUACCGAUCCAGGAAACAACUUCCAAUAACGAACGAGCGUAAUGUAAUGACUUCGCAGAUAGUAGACGAUGUAAUCGACACGAUAACAUGGGAAAGGAAUACUAACCUGAAAUAAUUUCUCUCUCUCUCUCUCUCUCUUUUAUUUUUUAAUUUUAUUUAUUCAGCUAUUUAUUAACGAAUUAUUGUCCUUUAUCGUACAAGAAAGAUGUCUAACCUUUAUUUGCAGUACCAAACUAUUUCUGUCAGCUGUCGAAUAAAAUCGAUGGCUAAUAUGUAUAGUUCACCGGAUCUCCAAUAUACCUAGAACGUAAUAUCUUGAUUAUUCAACGAGACAAACUGUUAACACUUUCCACUUUCGAGGUGCGACGAGGAAUAAUAAAUAGAUCUCGUUAUUCUAACCUAUUGUUGAUAUCAGUUUGUUGAAUUUUUAAGGUAUUAUAUAUAAUUGUAUAUAUAAGUUAAAUUAAAUUGUUAAUAAAGAUCGU